UGUGGAGGAGGAGAUAAAAGGGGCUUGUCAAACUCCACUUCAAUUAUGGGAACAAACACCUGCCGCGAUCAGGCGCGGCUAACGCGCUAACAUUAGCCGUCAGAGGGAGUUCAAAAGUACAAACCAGCUCGACAGGACGACAUGGAGUGCUGACAGGACACAGGAAACCUGGAUUAUAAAACUUGUUGGGAAUAUCAUCGUAUUCAAACGGCGAUAUUUUAACUGUAACUAGUUUAGGUGGGAGCUGCUGCUCUAUUUGGGAUCAUGUCUGUGACUGAACUCUACUCUAGGUACACCCGGGUUUGGAUCCCUGACCCAGAAGAGGUUUGGAAGCCUGCUGAAAUCAUCAAGGAUUAUAAGGAGGGAGACACAGUGCUUCACCUCAAAUUAGAAGAUGAAACGACGUUAGAAUAUUCAAUUGGUCCCAAAGACAAUGCGCUUCCAUUUCUUCGGAAUCCUGAUAUUUUGGUAGGAGAGAAUGACCUCACGGCUCUCAGCUACCUCCACGAGCCUGCUGUGCUCCACAACCUCAAGGUCCGCUUCGUUGAGUCCAAUCACAUUUACACUUACUGCGGGAUUGUUCUGGUGGCCAUCAACCCGUACGAGCAGCUUCAUAUCUAUGGAGAAGAAGUCAUCACUGCGUACAGCGGCCAGAACAUGGGGGACAUGGAUCCUCAUAUAUUUGCUGUAGCAGAGGAAGCAUACAAACAGAUGGGCAGAGAUGAAAAGAACCAGUCGAUAAUCGUGAGUGGCGAGUCUGGAGCUGGUAAAACGGUUUCCGCAAAGUACGCCAUGCGCUUCUUCGCCACAGUGGGAGGUUCAGCGAAUGACACCAGCGUUGAAGAGAAAGUACUGGCAUCCAGCCCCAUCAUGGAGGUAUGUUAUGACAUCGGACACAUUAUCAAAAUAAUUUGUGUUCAAUCUAAUAAACGUGUACCACCAAGUACUUCCAUCAUGUGUGCAGCAGCUGUAAAGGUGCCCUCACUUCACUCGUCACUCCAUCUCAUCGCAACGUUGCCACACUUGAGCUGCGAAAUUAAAUUCAAGAAUUGGCAGGCCUGUUUGAAAUAUCGGAUUUUUGGUGCCAACAUGCGAACAUAUCUGCUUGAGAAGUCCAGAGUGGUAUUUCAGGCUGAGGAAGAGAGGAACUAUCACAUCUUCUACCAGCUCUGUGCUUCAUCCUCUCUGCCAGAGUUUAAAGAUCUUUCUUUGACCAGCGCAGAAGACUUUACCUACACGUCUCUUGGUGAGAACAUUUUUAUUGAAGGGGUGAACGACGCUGAGGACCUUGUGAAGACAAAAGAGGCUCUUACAAUGCUUGGUGUGAAAGAGAUCCAUCAAGUGAGCAUCUUUAAAGUAAUUGCCUCCAUCUUGCACCUGGGGAACGUGGGGAUUGUGUCGGAGAGAGAUGGAGAAUCCUGCCAUAUCAAUAGGGAUGACACACAUUUACAUCAUUUCUGUCGGCUGCUGGGUAUAGAGCAGGAGCAGAUGGAGCACUGGCUGUGCCGCAGGAAGCUGGUGACCACUGCCGAGACCUAUGUGAAGAACGUGUCGUAUGCCCAGGCGGUCAACGCCCGAGAUGCCCUGGCCAAACACAUUUACGCCCAUCUCUUUGACUGGAUCGUGGAGCACAUCAAUAAGGCCUUGCACACGUCCACCAAACAGCACUCCUUCAUUGGGGUGCUGGAUAUCUAUGGAUUUGAAGAUUUGGAGAUUUAGAGAUUAGAGGAUUUGUGUAUUUAUUUAUUAAAUGAGAAAAUGAAGCAACAAUUCAACUCGCAUGUGUUUAAACUGGAGCAAGAAGAGUAUAUGAAGGAGCAGAUCCCCUGGACGCUUAUAGAUUUCUAUGAUAACCAGCCUUGCAUUGACCUCAUUGAAGCCAAGCUUGGUAUUCUGGACCUUCUUGAUGAAGAGUGUAAGGUGCCUAAAGGAACGGAUCAAAACUGGGCGCAGAAGCUGUACAGCAAGCAUUCAAACAGUGGGCAUUUUGAAAAGCCCAGGAUGUCCAACAGGUCAUUCAUUGUGGUCCACUUUGCAGAUAAGGUUGAAUAUCAGUGUGACGGCUUCCUGGAGAAGAACAGAGACACUGUUUAUGAGGAGCAGAUAAACAUCCUCAAGGCCAGUCAGUUCCAGCUGGUUGCGGAUCUCUUCAACGAUGGUAAAGAUGCUGGUCCUCCCUCAGCCACCAGCAAGAGCUCCAAGAUCAACGUCCGGGCUGCCAAACCAGUUCCAAAGGGCCACAACCGUGAGCACAGAAAAAGUGUGGGCACCCAGUUCAGGAACUCUCUACAUCUUCUGAUGGACACACUGAAUGCUACCACCCCUCAUUAUGUGCGCUGCAUUAAACCCAAUGAUUUUAAGGAAUCCUUUGUGUUUGAUUCUAGAAGAGCUGUUCAGCAACUGCGAGCAUGUGGAGUUCUGGAGACCAUCCGCAUCAGUGCCGCCGGCUAUCCAUCCAGGUGGACCUAUCCAGAUUUCUUCAGCAGAUAUCGGGUGCUCAUGACAAAGAAGGACAUGACCAUUGGGGAUAAGAAGCAGGUUUGUAAGAACCUGCUGGAGACCUUGAUAAAGGAUCCGGAUAAGUUCCAGUUUGGAAAGACAAAGAUUUUCUUCAGGGCUGGUCAGGUGGCCUAUCUGGAGAAGCUCCGAGCUGAUAAGUUCCGCUUCGCCUGCAUUAAUAUCCAGAAGACCGUGCGAGGAUGGCUCCAGAGAAUUCGGUACCGCAAGAUCCGCAAGUCUGCUAUUACUCUGCAGAGAUAUGGCCGGGGUUACUUGGCACGCAGAUAUGCAGAGAUGCUUCGCCUGACCCGAGCAGCACUUAUUUGUCAGAAGCAGUACCGGAUGGUACGAGUUCGACGGGAGUAUCUGAGGACCCGUCGGGCUGUGAUCACCAUUCAAGCGUUCGCCCGGGGCAUGUUCAUACGCAGGUUAUAUCAGGAGUUCUUGCUCCAUCACAAAGCCAUGAUCAUUCAGAAGACCGUCCGUGGUUGGCUCGUGAGAAAGAAGUAUCUCCGUGCACGAUAUGCUGCCAUUGUCAUCCAGUGUUUCUACCGCCGUGUACGUGCCAAGCGCCAGCUCAAACAGCUCAAGAUAGAGGCCCGUUCAGCCGAACACUUAAAAAACCUCAGUGUCGGAAUGGAGAACAAGAUCGUGCAGCUCCAGAAGAAGAUGGAUAACCAGUCGAAAGAGUAUAAAACUCAGAACGAGCAACUGAUUGUUACUAACACUGCUCUGGGAUCAGAGGUCACCAAGCUCCAGAAAGAAGUGGAGACUUUUCGCAUUCGGCAGACUGCUGGCACUCAGGUGACAUCACUGCAGGAAGAGCUUGAGAAGUUGAGGGUGGAGCUCCAGGAAGCCAACGCCCAGAAGAAGCAGAUAGAGGAGGAGUUUAGCAAUGAGAAACAAGGACUCAAACAGAUGGUGGAGGAGAUGUAGAUAUUGAAGAAGGAGAAAGAAGAGAUGAACCGCAUUGUUGAGGAGCAGAAUCACGGGUGUGGAGGCGAUGUGUCUCAGAAAGAGAUCCGUCUGCAGGUUGAACUGGAUGAGGAGAGGCAACGAUAUCAGAAUCUGGUGAAAGAAUAUUCCAGACUGGAGCAGAGAUACGAAAAUCUGCAGGAGGACAUGUCCUCCACGAAGUUCCAUCCCGGCCACCGGAGGAACCACUCUAACCAGAGCAGUCUGGGCUCAGACUCCAACUACACCUCCAUCAGUAUGUCAGAGGCGGGAGACACUGAUGACACCAUCCAGCAGGUGGAGGAGAUGGGCAUAGAGAAGGCUGCCAUGGACCUCAGUGUAUUCAUGAAGUUACAGAAGCGUGUCCGAGAGCUGGAGCAGGAAAGAAAGAGGCUGCAGACCAACCUAGAGAAAGUAGAGGAACUGAGCAAACACAAGGGAAAUGAGCCUAAGAGCUCCACGUCAGAGGACGAUAUAAACGCAGACCUGGCCUACAACAGUCUGAAGCGGCAAGAGCUUGAGACUGAGAAUAAGAAGUUGAAGAAUGACCUGAACGAGUUGAGGAAAGCGGUGGCCGACAGGGCCUCUGAUAACAACUCAUCCAAUGAGCUUCAAGAGGGCUACAACCUGUUGCUGAAUCAGCUCAAAACGGCCAAUGAGGAGCUGGAUGUGCGCAAGGAGGAGUCCUCAUUCUCAUUCUCAAGAAUCGUGUAGUGAACUAUGAUUUUAGAGAACAUAAUCGAUUCCAAUGAUGUAUCAGAAUGGACCAACAACAAGAAGCCUGUGGACGCGAAAGACACUGUUGAUGCACAUGAUUUAAAAAAUAAAGCACAAGACUGGGGUUAUUUGAAUGAAGAUGGGGAGCUUGGCCUGGCCUACCAGGGUCUAAAGCAAGUUGCCAGGCUGCUGGAGGCCCAGCUGCAGACACAGUCUCGACAGCACAAGGAUGAGUUAGAGGCUCUCCACACGCAAAUCGAACUGCUGAAGGACAAUCUGGAGAAGAAGCAAGAAAUGCUGUGGAGAUUUUGUAAGAUUUUUCUUGAAGAUUUUUUUGAGUUUAGCUUUCAUGAGGAUAUGGUGGGGUUCAGUCUCCAGUGAAAUGAUAGUGUGGAUCUAAAGGAACUUGUAGAGAAGUUGGAGAAGAAUGAGAAGAAGCUGAAGAAGCAGUUGAGGAUCUAUAUGAAGAAAGUGCAGGAGCUGGAAGUGUCUCAGGCCACAAAAAGCAGACCAGAGCUGACUCGUCAGGUCACCGUACAGAGGAAAGAAAAGGACUUUGAAGGCAUGCUGGAGUACUACAAAGAAGAUGAGGCUUUGUUGGUCAAGUCAUUAAUUACAGACAUGAAGCCCAAUGUGGUGUCCGCCACUGUCCCCUGCCUCCCUGCCUACAUCCUCUUCAUGUGCAUCCGUCAUGCCGACUACAUCAACGACGACCAGAAAGUUCAUUCACUCCUUACCACAAGCAUCAAUGCCAUCAAAAAGGUCCUGAAGAGAAACAAUGAUGACUUUGAGAUGACCUCCUUCUGGCUGGCAAAUACCAGUCGACUUCUGCAUUGUCUGAAGCAGUACAGCGGGGAUGAGGCAUUUAUGACGCAGAACACUGCCAAGCAGAACGAGCACUGCCUGAAGAACUUUGACCUGGCAGAGUAUCGGCAGGUUCUGAGUGACCUCUCUAUCCAGAUCUAUCAGCAGCUCGUCAGAGUAGCAGAAGGCAUCAUGCAACCAAUGAUUGUUUCUGCCAUGCUUGAGAGCGAGAGCAUCCCCAGCCUGGCCGGAGUGAAGACCAUGGGCUACAGGAACCGCUCCUCUAGUUUGGACUGUGAGAGUGGAGGUCCAGCGGGCUACACACUACAGGCCCUGGUCAGGCAGCUGGGACAGUUUUACAACAUCAUGGCGGACCACGGCCUGGACCCUGAGAUCAGCCAGCAGGUGGUUCGCCAGCUCUUCUACUCCAUCAAUGCAGUGACCCUCAACAACCUGCUGCUGCGCAAAGAUGUCUGUUCUUGGAGUACCGGCAUGCAGCUCAGGUACAACAUCAGUCAAUUGGAGGAAUGGCUGAGAGGAAAGAAUCUGCACCAGAGUGGAGCCGUAGCCACCUUGGAACCUGUUAUCCAGGCCGCCCAGCUGCUGCAGGUGAAGAAGAAGACCUCCCAAGAUGCAGAGGCCAUUUGCUCGCUCUGUACCGCCCUCAGCUUGCAGCAGAUUGUGAAGAUCCUCAACUUGUACACACCACUCAAUGAGUUUGAGGAACGAGUGACUGUGUCUUUCAUAAGAGGAAUUGUUAAUUUAAUUCUCUUUUUUCUGAUUUUGCUGAAUGGUCUAAUAGAUAGAAUAGAAAUGAUGGUAGUGAUUGUAUACACUUUAUAUGUGUUCUUUGUUUUCUCUCCAUCAGCGCUCAGUCUGGAAACCGUACACAUCCCUGCCUCCCUCAGCCUGGACUUCCUCACACGGGUCUGACAUCUCAAAUCUCUCCAUCUGACCUGCGGCUUGCAGCGCCCCAUCGCAGAUCUCCUAACCCACAUACUAACAACACCACACAUGUGGAAUUUACAGUAUCGACAUUUAACAAGACGGACAAUCUCCCUGACCGACUAACUGUGGUGUUGAGACACGCUUUCAAUAAGGAGACACGAAGUCUAAAUGAUGAAGGUGUAAAUAAGCUGUCUGCCUUUUGACUUUACUUUUCUUCUAUAACAUUCAACCAGUUCUCUCUAGGCUCCAGAUUAAUACAAGCAAGGCUAUUGUUAUAGAAAGUUAAAUAUAACUCUAUUUGGGUUGUGUUUUGUUUGU